AUGAUCACAAUAACGAACAAAUUGCGGCAGUUAGGGAAACCGCUCUUUAAAAAGUUACAAACAAACCAAGUGGCCCGCGGAAGAAACGAUUCUUUAUCAGCGAAUAAAAGUGAUCAAAACAGUGUGAUGGACGAUAUAGCACGGUUCAAAGAAUGGGCAACGAAAUUAGGAUGUUCCCCGGACAAAUUGCCACCGGAUGAAAAACUGAAACAGGCGUUCCGUGGGGAACAGAGCUCCAUUUUCAACCAUAUAAUAGAAAAAGUUCGUCCGAGACAAGAGAUAACGCGCAUGAAGAAGAAUGUACUUGUUCGCAAACUGCAGGUGCACAAGAAGAUGGACACGAUCGUUGCGAACGCAUCGUUCAACUCUCUGCCGCCCGAACUGCAGCGCUACAUGAAAAUACAAAAGAUAAAGAAAACAAUUGAUGAAACACGCCAUCGUAUAAAGCAGUCACAAAACUGCCUUGAAACUACUAACCUGCAGAUCAAAGAGAAAAAUGCUCGGAAACUACAAUCGGUGAACAAUUUAGAGGAGCUUUAUGGUAAAACAUCUUUGUACGCUGCCUACGAAACGUCCGUUCAAAAUGGUAUUGAAAAGGAAAAACAGCUUGCCAAGCGCAUCGAACGAAUCAUGCCCAUCAAAGGAUCGGAAGCGUGCCGUGUUGAUACGGCGGAAAAAGGCAUCGAGCAGUGCGUGCAACUGUUGACACGGUUUUACGAAAAUUUCAAAGAUCUCAACCCGGACGCCGGUCGGGCGUUGCAGGAAGAUCUGUGGUCGGAUAUCCGUGGCGCGCUACGUGGCAUUCCGAAUCAUCUGUUGUGGAGCGUGCUGCUAAAGAUGAAAGAUGUGCACCUACGGGAAAUCUCCGAGGUGGACAGCCGACACGAAGAGAGCGACCAGAAUAUUGCACUCUCCGAUCGCGAUCUUCUGCAGGGCAGUAUGGCAAAACUGUGCACCAGCCACAUCAAAGUGUUUCUAGACGUUGUCGACCACAGCAAUAAGGUGAAUGCGACACGGGAAGAGUAUCUGACCAUCCUGACCCCAUGCACCAACGAGCUGGAGGCCAAGAUGGCCCUGAUCAAUGUGAUGGACGAUGAGGCGGAGGAAGCGCUCGAAGAGUACCUGGUCCAGUGGAACUCUCGAGAGUAUAAUCAGGGUCAGCUGGAGUACAUGGGCCGGGAAGUGGAGCGUAAAAAGCAGGAACUUCUUUCCUACGGACAAAAGCUGCAAAAUCACGAACAACUGCUCGCGCAGCUUCGUGGCAUCUACGGGCAGAUCGACGAUAUAUCCCGCCAUAUGGAAGGCGAACUUCAGCAGGUGCAUCAGAUAAAGCAAAAGAUAGCCUACGCAAAGUACGUCAGCCAGCAAACCGUGCGCAAUGCUCGCCAGAAAAAUGGAACCAACCAAACGCUCAACUCGAGCGAACUAUCCUUCAGCCGACUGGAGGGCACACAGGCCGGGCCGGCCUACAAUCCGGCGGUACUGCCACCGUACGUUCGCGAGCUGGAAGUAUUCCGUAGCAUUCCCCUUUCGCGCUACGUUUCACAAACGAAACCGAUUCAACUCGCGUUAGAGCCAAACGUGGCCAUCUAUUUUGAAACACCCGCCGCCCUGGCAUUGCUUCCUUGUACCGUGUUCAGUGCGGACACGGCCAUCAAACAGUUCCGAGCGCUGCAGGAGCUUGAAGCGCGGGCAAGCGGUUGCACCGACGACUCGUGGUCUCUGGGGGCGCCCAGCUUCGAUCACGUCCAGCUGGAGAAACAUUGGCAAAGCAAUCAUGGCAAGAUUUGUGAGUUGCUGGACGAAAUCGAAACACUCUCGAACAGCACCCGACACAUCCUCAGCAAGAGUCGUGUGUUCUACAACUUUACACUGGCCAACAACUUGCGUAAGUACGUGCCACCGACGAAGCUGUUCAACGGGCGUAGCUUCCGCGAGUACGAAAGCGAAUACCUGAUGUACUAUCGAAUGAUCAAUGGGUUUGGAGGAGGAAACUAGAAACAAAAACAACAAAACAACAAAAGAACGGGCCGUAAGAUGAUAUGAUAAUUGUGAGUCUUUAUAAUGUUGAGUGGAUAAAAUAUGUGCAACCAAUUUUAUACAUCUACAAACUGAACUAACAAAGUCUUUUAUUAUCAUUUGAUUAAAAUCACACUUAGUUCUACCUAACCUUAAAACCUUA